UUUAACCGCCGACUCCACCGCUAACCUGAGAAAACAGAAGAAAAGAAACGCCCGAGAAACGCAAAGACAAACGCCUUCCUUCGUUCAUUUCUUCCUUCGAUCCCCAAACCUUGUCUUCUCUCUAGCUCGAGCUUCCUCAGAGCCUCAGAAAUCUCAACUUCUCUGCGAUGCGAGGCCAUGAUCGGAUCAACACGUUUAUUCCCGACGAGCUCAUCCUCGAGAUGUUCCGGCGGCUAGACUCCAAGCCCAGCCGCGACGCCUGCUCGCUCGUCUGCAAGCGGUGGCUCGCACUCGAGCGGCUCAGCCGCACCACUCUCCGCAUCUGCGCCACCGGUAGCCCUAACCUCGUUGUCGACCUCCUCGCCGGCCGCUUUCGCAACGUCCGUACCGUUCACAUUGACGAGCGGUUGAACAUUUCACUUCCUUGUCAGCCCCCUGGGAGGAGGAGAGGGACUGAUAUUGCUGGGGUUUCGUCGGUGAAGCUGCAUUGUGCCAGCGAGAAAAAUGGGUCCCCUGAUCCUGGGUCUGAUUCAUGUAGUUUAUCGGAUGCUGGGUUGACUGCUAUUGGUGAAGGCUUUCCGAAGCUCGAAAAGUUGAGCUUAAUCUGGUGCUCUAAUGUUUCCAGUCUCGGAUUGAUAUCGCUCGCGGGAAAGUGUAGAUUGUUGAAAUCAUUGGAUUUGCAGGGUUGCUAUGUUGGAGAUCAGGGCCUAGCUGCCGUGGGACAGUCUUGCAAGCAGCUUGAAGAUUUGAAUUUGCGGUUUUGCGAGGGAUUGACUGACGUAUGUUUGGUUGAAUUAGCGCAUGGUGUUGGGAAGUCAUUGAAGUCUCUUGGUAUCGCUGCUUGUGCAAAGAUAACUGAUACUGCAAUGGAAGCAGUGGGGUCGCACUGCAAAUCUCUCAAGAACUUGUCUUUGGAUGCAGAGUUCAUACACAACAAAGGGGUGGUUGCUGUGGCCCAAGGAUGUCCCGCUUUGAAAUCUAUGAAGCUACAAUGUAUUAAUGUCACAGAUGAAGCUUUGUCAGCUGUGGGAACUUCUUGUCCGUCGCUGGAGGUGUUGGCUCUGUAUAGCUUCCAGAGAUUUACUGAUAAAGGUUUAAGUGCUAUUGGGAAUGGAUGCAAGAAGUUAAAAAAUCUUAUUCUUAGUGACUGCUACUUCCUGGGUGUCAAUGCUUUGGAAUCAAUUGCAACUGGCUGCAAGGAACUUACACAUCUUGAAGUGAAUGGGUGCCACAAUAUUGGAACAAUGGGCCUAGAAUCCAUUGGCAAAUCUUGCCCGCGUCUUACUGAGUUAGCACUGUUAUACUGCCAAAGGAUAGGCAACUUUGCACUCAGUGAGGUUGGACGGGGCUGUCAGUUCUUGCAAGCUCUGCACUUGGUAGAUUGCUCAAGUAUUGGAGAUGAGGCCAUUUGCAGUAUAGCUAAAGGCUGCAGAAAUUUGAAGAAACUUCACAUUCGUCGAUGUUAUGAGAUUGGGAACACAGGAAUUGUAGCAGUUGGAGAGAAUUGUAGGUCUCUCACAGACCUUAGCCUCCGGUUUUGUGAUAGAGUGGGGGAUGAGGCCCUUAUUGCUGUUGCUCAGUGUAGCUCGCUACAAUAUCUGAAUGUCAGUGGAUGCCACCAAAUUGGUGAUGCUGGAUUGAUAGCCAUUGCAAGAGGGUGCCCACAACUUAGUUACCUAGACGUCAGUGUUCUCCAGAAUUUGGGGGAUAUGGCAAUGGCUGAAGUGGGAGAAGGCUGUCCAAACCUGAAGGACAUUGUGCUGUCUCAUUGCCGUCAAAUAACAGAUGUUGGUAUAAACCAUCUGGUUAAACAUUGCACAAUUCUUGCAUCCUGCCACAUGGUGUAUUGCCCGGGUAUAACUUCUUCUGGAGUAGCCACUGUGGUUUCAAGUUGCCCCAACAUAAAGAAGGUCCUGGUCGAGAAGUGUAAGGUUAGCUCGAGGACCAAACGGAGGGCGGCCUCUGUUAUAUCCUAUCUUUGCAUGGACCUGUAAACUCCACUUGUAUUUAUGCACAUCCUUUGCGCUUACUGAAUUCAGAACAUGAACAUCAAAAUACCGAAGAGCCAAAUCUGGAGCCAAAUCCUCACCUCUCUCAAGUUACAAGGGAGUUAUCUGCACAUGCCUGAUGUU